AUGCGGGGAUUACUCUUAUUUUUGGUGCCCCUCGUGGGCGCUGCAGUCAUCAGACCUCGUACUGAUGGGCCUGAUCAGUGCCCUGGCUACAAAGCCAUCAACAUUAAAGAACAUGAUAACUCGCUUAUGGCGGAUUUGGUUCUGGCUGGUGAUGCCUGUAACUUGUAUGGUUCUGACCUGGUAAACCUCACCCUGCUGGUGGAAUAUCAGACCAAUAACCGCCUUCAUGUUAUUAUUCAAGACGCGGAUCAAGAGGUCUACCAAGUUCCCGAGUCUGUGCUGCCUCGACCCACUGCUUCAAGCACUCACCGUGAUGCUUCUGUCCUCCGCUUUGAUUACCAGCCUGAACCAUUUAGCUUCAGGGUCCUGCGUGGUGACGAGGUCUUGUUUGACACAACUGAUACCAACGUCGUCUUUGAGACCCAGUAUCUGAACCUCCGCACCUGGCUUCCAGAUGACCCAAAUCUCUAUGGUAUGGGUGAACAUUCUGAUUCCUUGCGUAUGCCAACCACAAACUACACUCGUACCCUAUGGAGUCGGGAUGCCUAUGGCAUUCCUGCAAACAGUAAUUUGUAUGGCAAUCACCCUAUCUACGUGGACCACCGAGGAGAUUCAGGCACUCACGGCGUAUUUUUCCUGAACUCCAACGGAAUGGACGUCAAGGUCGACAAGUCUCACGAUGGUAGACAGUUCUUGGAAUACAAUACUCUUGGUGGUGUCUUGGACUUCUACUUCUUAGCCGGCCCGACCCCCAAGGAUGUGAGUAUGCAGUACUCGGAGGUUGUCGGUCUCCCUGCUAUGCAAAGCUAUUGGUCCUUCGGUUUUCAUCAAUGCCGAUAUGGAUACCAGGACGCGUAUGAGGUAGCUGAAGUUGUUUACAAUUACAGUCGCGCGCACAUUCCCCUGGAGACUAUGUGGACAGACAUUGACUACAUGGACGCACGUCGGGUUUUCACUCUGGAUCCCUUGCGAUUCCCACUGGAGAAGAUGACCGAGCUGGUGACUUAUCUCCACAAACACAAUCAACAUUACAUUGUGAUGGUUGAUCCAGCUAUCAGUGAUAGCGAUAAUGGUGCCUUCAACCGAGGAAAUGAGCGUAGUGUCUUCCUCUACCGUGAUCAGGACACUCUCUACAAAGGUGCUGUCUGGCCCGGCGUGACUGUGUACCCCGACUGGUUCAACCCUGAUACCCAAGCGUAUUGGAACGGUGAAUUCCGUCGUUUCUUUGAUGAAAAAACCGGGGUGAACAUUGACGGUCUGUGGAUUGACAUGAAUGAAGCCUCCAACUUCUGUCCAUGGCCAUGUAAAGACCCGCAGAGCUACGCAGAGCAAAACAAUCUUCCUCCCGCUGCGCCUGCAACCCGUUCUCCACCUCGCCCUUUGCCUGGCUUCCCCAAGGACUUCCAACCAAGUUCUGGUAGAUCCGUUACAUCCAAGCGAUCACUUGAUACGGAGACUCGAGUUAUGAAGGGCCAGAAGAUUGGCCUCUCCGGCCGUGACCUGAUCGCUCCUCAGUAUCAGAUCGCCAAUGCGGCAGGAUCUCUUAGCAACAAAACUAUCGACACCGAUCUUGUCCAUGCCGGGAAGGGUUAUGCUGAAUAUGAUACCCACAACCUCUAUGGUACCAUGAUGAGCUCUGCAUCUCGCAAUGCCAUGCUUCAACGCCGUCCCAAGGUCCGGCCAUUGGUCAUUACACGAAGCACAUUCGCUGGUGCCGGUGCACACGUAGGCCACUGGCUCGGUGACAACCUCAGCCAGUGGGACAAGUACCGCGUCUCCAUCGCACAGAUGCUAGAGUUCGCUUCAAUCUUCCAAAUCCCCAUGGUCGGUUCUGACGUCUGCGGUUUCGGUGGUAACACGAGUGAAGAGCUUUGCGCGCGCUGGGCCACACUUGGCGCAUUCUAUCCCUUCUACCGUAACCACAACGAGCUAGGAAGCGUACCCCAGGAAUUCUACCGCUGGCCCUCAGUAGCCGAUGCCGCUCGCAAGAUCAUCGAUAUCCGCUACCGACUCCUGGAUUACUUGUACACGUCCUUCCACCGCCAAACACAGACAGGCGAGCCAUUCCUCCAGCCACUCUUCUAUGUGUACCCUGCCGACCCGAACACAUUCAACAACCAGCUUCAAUUCUUUUACGGCGAUGCAAUCCUAAUCUCACCUGUUCAAGACCAAGGCCAAACAUCCGUCGAUGCCUACUUCCCCAACGACCUAUUCUACGACUGGUAUACUGGUGAGAAAAUCACCGGUUCCGGCGCAACAAUUACGCUAUCGAAUAUCGGUAUCACUGAAAUCCCGAUCCACAUCCGCGGCGGAUUCAUCCUCCCUCUACGCUCGAAGAGCGCGCAAACCACAACCGAGCUUCGUCGUCGUGGCUUUGAGAUUGUUAUUGCGCCGAAUGAUGCCGGUACUGCUAAGGGACAGUUGUAUCUGGAUGAUGGCGAGUCAAUCUCGCCAGAUGCUACGUCUGUGGUAGACUUUGAGUAUGAUAACGGCCAGUUGCAUGUCCGUGGUAAAUUCGGGUAUCACAAAAACGCAAUUGUGGAGUCUGUGACUGUGCUUGGUCAGGGACAUAGUCAUGCUCGACGCAACGAGGCAUCUGAGGUUCCUGAAGAUGUCUCAUCCGGCUUUGGUCGACAGGCUUUGACCAAAGCUGUUCAUAUUGAGCUGACUGGUCCUACAGUCAUUGAUAUCAAUGUUUGA